AAAUAUAGUCACUCUUCUCUCUCUCUCGGAAAUAGGAACAAGAAAGAGAGACUUUGAAGGGAAGGAAAAAGGGUGGGUCUGAAGAAGAGAAGGGGAAAUAAUAAAAGGAAAGGAGAUCUCGACCAUAAUUUAUUUUUUUUCAUUUCUGGGUUUUUCCUAAACUCGGUUUUGGGGGCCCUUUUCUUUACAUAAGGAUAUUCUUUGUCUCCCUCUCGCUUUCUCUUUUACUGCUUCCGUCUGUUUCUGCUUCUGGACUUUCGGUUUCUAAGGCUGUUCUUUGGCGGAAGGCAUGGGUGUUGAAGUUGUGGGAUUUGAGGCGGUCCAAGGACCAGUGGGGGCUAUGACUGAAGGAGGGCAUUCUGCCAACGAAAAUGGGAAAUUGGAUCAAGGAAAUGAGCCCAUAAAAUUUGGAUCACAUGGUGAUGAAUCGGUUAAAAAGGAAGUGAACGAGGUUUCAGUUGCAAACUUCCCGAAGGAUGCAGUUGAUGAGUGGCCUGCCCCAAAGCAGACUCAUUCUUUUUAUUUUGUCAGGUACCAGACGUAUGAUGAUCCAAAAAUAAAAGCCAAAGUUGACCAGGUUUCUAGAGAGGUGGAGACUAGGAAUAAUGCCCGAUCUCAGAUCAUUGACGCAUUAAGAGCAAAAAGGACCGAUAGAGGAGAGUUGGUUGAGCAGAUUAAGGCUCUGAGAGAUGACAACAGGCAGAUUAGAUCAAUUGUGGAUGAGAAGUUUAAGGAUUUACAGCCUCUGCAGCAGGCUCUCGGACAGCUGCGCAGCGCAGACCAUGCUAGUCGUAAUGGUGGUUUGUGUUCAUCUGAGGAAGAGCUCAAUAGUCGUAUCCAGGGGUUGCAGUAUAUCAUACAACAUGAGAGCAUUGAAUUGAAGGAGGAAAAGAAAAUACUUAAAGAGAUCAGAACUCUUGAGAGCACAAGGGCACAAGUUAUUGCUAAUGCUGCCAUGAUAGCAAAGAUUGAGAAAGUGGCUCCCAAAGAGGCCCUUCAGGACCAAGUUAAACUUAUGGGUGGUGAUUUGGAUGGAGUGAAAAAGGAGCAACAAGCAGUUAGGUCCAAAAUUAAGCAACUUGAUGAUGCAGUGAAGGCCAUAGACAAGGAAAUUGCAUCAUUACAGGACGAGCUGAGUAUUGUGACUGAGAAGAGGGACAAAGCACGCGAUAGCAUUUUUCAACUUCGGAAACAGCGUGAUGAUGAUAAUGCCUGCUUUUACCAAAGCCGUAUGCUUUUGACCAAAGCGAGAAAUCUUGCUGUUACAAAGGAUAUUAAAGCACUUGAAGAACUUUCUCAUGCAGAGGUUGAGAAAUUUAUGGCCCUCUGGAACAGUAACAAGGAUUUUAGAGAUGAUUAUGAGAAAAGAAUUUUGCCAGCUCUGGAUAGGCGGCAAAUGAGUAGGGAUGGGCGUAUAAGAAACCCAGAUGAGAAGCCAUUGGUAGCUGUGGAAGCAUCUGGAGCCCCUGUAGUAGAGACAGCAUCAAAAGCUAAUUCAAAACAAGUUAGGGAAGAUACCAGAUCUGCUCCACUGGAUACUUUGCCCGUGCAGAAGGCUCAGAAAGAUGCCAAAAAUAAAGCAACGGGUCCAAAAUCUGUUGAAGAGCAUAUUGACGUAGCAGACGAGGAUAUAUCUGGGCUUGAAAAGCAGACAAAGGAGAGUACCCCAAAAGACAAUAAAGUUGAUGCAGAAAAGUUGAAGGAGUUGAAAAGACAAGAGGAAAUUGAAAAAAAUAAGCAGGCCUUGGAAAGGAAGAAGAAGAAAGCAGAGAAAGAUGCAGCUAAAGCAGCUCUUAGAGCUCAAAAGGAAGCUGAAAAGGCUGAAAAGAAGCUUAAGGAACGUGAAAAGAAGGCAAAGAAGAAGGGUUCAUCUGCACCUGAGACCCAACCUGAGGAGCCGACAGAAGCAGUUGCUGAGGCUGCAGAACCAGAAAAGGUAACUGAAAAUGUUGAAGCUCCUGUCCUUGCAAAGGCUAAGGUGCAAAAGGAUAGCAAUCUGAGGAAUAGAGGUCGACCAAGAGGUGCAGAGUCACUUCCGAAGGCCAUCCUGAAGCGGAAGAAGUCAAGUACUAACUAUUGGUUAUGGGCUGCUCCUGCUGCUUUGUUAGUUGUGUUGUUUCUAGCACUCGGUUACCAUUAUCUUCUUUGAGGAAGUUAAACUGGAACUGAGGUAGAGAAGAGUCGAGAUCUAAAAGUUUUCUGCUUGAGAAGCACGCAAAUGACUAGGUCUUUCUAUUAGUUAAAGUAAGUUGUUCCUGUUCUUUACAUCCUGUGUCAGGCUCAGGAUGGACUCAAAACUCAUAAUGUUGGUGGUAGCUCAGUCGAAACUAUCUUUCAAUGGAGAAGAAGCAUACAUUUGGUUUUGUUGAUGUAAUUUCAAAUUUUGACUUUCCCCUUUUCAUGGAUGUUAUCUUUAGAGAAGCU